GGGGCGCGCGUGCGCAGCGGCGUGGGGAGGAGCAGGGAGGAGCAGGGACCUGGCAGCGGACUGGGAGGCUGCGAGCGAGCCGUGAACCGGGCGGGCGGCGGGUGCGCGCACCAUGGGGGAGAAACCCGGGACUAGGGUCUUCAAGAAGUCGAGCCCUAACUGCAAGCUCACUGUGUACUUGGGCAAGCGGGACUUUGUAGAUCACCUGGACAAAGUGGAUCCCGUAGAUGGCGUGGUGCUUGUGGACCCUGACUACUUGAAGGACCGCAAAGUGUUUGUGACCCUCACCUGCGCCUUUCGCUAUGGCCGUGAAGACCUGGAUGUGCUGGGCUUGUCCUUCCGCAAAGACCUGUUCAUCGCCACCUACCAGGCCUUCCCCCCAACGUCCAACCCGCCCCGGCCCCCCACCCGCCUGCAGGACCGGCUGCUGAGGAAGCUGGGCCAGCAUGCCCACCCCUUUUUUUUCACAAUACCCCAGAAUCUGCCCUGCUCCGUCACCCUGCAGCCGGGCCCAGAGGACACAGGGAAGGCCUGUGGCGUAGACUUUGAGAUCCGAGCCUUCUGUGCCAAAUCACUAGAAGAAAAAAGCCAUAAAAGGAACUCUGUGCGGCUGGUGAUCCGAAAGGUGCAGUUUGCCCCAGAGAAACCCGGCCCCCAGCCUUCAGCUGAAACCACACGCCACUUCCUCAUGUCCGACCGGUCCCUGCACCUUGAGGCUUCCCUGGACAAGGAGCUGUACUACCACGGGGAGCCCCUCAGCGUCAAUGUUCACGUCACCAACAACUCCACCAAAACGAUCAGGAAGAUCAAAGUCUCUGAGCUGCUUGACCCUGCCCGCCCCACAGUGAGACAGUACGCCGACAUCUGCCUCUUCAGCACUGCCCAGUACAAGUGCCCCGUGGCUCAGAUCGAACAAGAUGACCAGGUAUCUCCCAGUUCCACGUUCUGCAAGGUGUACACCGUAACCCCACUGCUCAGUGACAACCGGGAGAAGCGUGGCCUUGCCCUGGAUGGGAAGCUCAAGCACGAGGACACCAACCUGGCUUCCAGCACCAUGUGAGGGGGGGCUCUGUGUGGGGGGGGAGGGUUCUCUUGCAGCCCAGGAGAUAGAUAUUCAUUCAGUACCAGCUGUGUGCCAGGUUCUGCCCUAGGUGCCAGGCUCUAUCAGUAAACAAAAGAGACAAAAGGCCUCUUACAUUCUAGGGGAGGGAGGAUAGACAAAGCAGAUAUAGAGCAUGUUUAGUGACCAGUGUUCAGGAGAAAAGGCAAGGCAGAGAGAGGGGCAGGGUGUGUUAACUUUGAAUAGGGCGGCUAGGGAAGACAUAAUCCACGGGUGAAUUUUGAGUAAGAGCCCAAAGGAAGUAGGCGAUAUGGACGUGUAGGGGGAGUGUUCCAGGCAGAAACUGCAAACACAGACCCAGAGGUGAGCGGAGCCGGUGUGUCUGAAGAAAUCCGCUGCUAGCCUCUAUGUGCACUGCACGACCACUCGGAGCAAGCCUAGAGGCCAGCAUAGUGAGAAUGAACUACAAGGACAAGAGUCGCACUUGGGGUUGGAGGGCUAAUGAAGAGCAAGACAGUGCAGGGCUGUGAGGUCACAGGACUUUAGCUUUUAUUGGGAGAGAGAUGAGCAGCCACGGGAGGGUUCUGUGCAGAGGAAUGGCGUGCAGGCCUUGGCUAUGACAGCACAGCU